AUGGAGGCUAGACGCACACAAGCCCAACAAUUACAGCUUUCAACUGGGCCAGAACGAGAUAAAUUCACGAUGCCUCAACUUUCUUCAAAUUGGGGAAGAGGUUGGCGUUGCACCGAGGGUUUGUUAGCCCCACCAUGGAAAAUGCGGCCCAGUGCACACCAUGCUGGAGAUGUGCCCGAUCUCCUACACACUGCUGGACUCUGUGAGAUGCCAGCGGCACUACUGAAAUUUCCAAUCCUAGAGGGCAGAUGGCACAACGCGUCUGGUCCCAACAUGGCGGAGAUACUAUCAGAGUGUCAGAGAUGCAGUGCGGACUCACCUCUUCCUCACACCUACACUGAAGACGUCGAUACCGUCCGGUAUAGCUCCAGAACAAGGACGCAGGAAAAGCCACGGCGGGACUCAUAG